CUGAACAUCUAUUUUUUCUGCUGUGUGAAAACACACUUCCACUGUCACAGCACAGUCUCUGUGUUCUGUUCUGUGAGAAAAGGCUGAGACUUGUCCGUCAGUGGAGGAGGCGUCACAAAAAAGUUUUCACCCUGUGUCUGUGUGUGGCAGAGGAAGCUCAGCCCAGUUUUCCAGUGUGAGGGAAGGCCUCUGUGGCCUGUCCCCGCCCAUGAGGGGAGUGAGGCGCCGGAGACAGGGGAGAGUUUCAGAGGGACAAAUACUUUGAUUUGCGUGCUUUUUUUUUCUCCAAAAGCGGCCGUCAUGAUUACUUCAAAACCCCCCAAAGCUGUUUGUUUAAACGGGAAUGUUUACUACCGAAGCUGGUAGCACCCCUAUAACGUGAAUAUGGAUCUGUUGCGGUGAAAGAAGAAGAUUAAAACUUUUCCAUUCUCCGAUCUGGGAGCGCAGCACAAUGGACUCCAGACAGAGGAAGCGCUCUGGAGGACAGAGGCAGCUGCUGAGGCUCUGCCUCUCUCUGGCUUUCCUCUGCUGCGCGUCCGCUCAGCUCAGCUAUUCCGUAUCAGAGGAACUCAAUCCGGGAUCUAUCGUUGGGAAUAUAGCGAAAGAUUUGGGUCUUACUACCGAGCGGAUUGUUCAGAGAAAUUUGCGGAUGGUUUCGGAGUCUUCAACACAGUAUUUUGAGGUAAAGCAAGCGACGGGCGAUUUAGUAAUUAAACAGAAAAUUGACAGGGAGCAACUGUGUGAAUUAAGCUCCACAUGUUCCCUCCACCUUCAAGUACUUUUGGAAAAUCCUUUAGACAUUCAACGCGUGGUGGUGGACAUUCUGGAUGUGAAUGACAAUGCACCGCACUUUACGACAAGAAACAUUUCUUUGGAAAUAUCCGAGGCGGCUGCCCCGGGCACGAGGUUCCGUUUGGAGAGCGCGCACGAUCCGGACGUGGGUACCAACUCUUUACGCACUUACCACCUUGCAGCAAAUGACUUAUUUAUUUUAAAUGUGGAAUCUAAAAGUGACGGAAGCAAGUUUCCAGAGCUCGUAGUGGAUAAACCUUUGGACAGAGAGACGCAGGCCUCCUUUCGCCUGUUGCUCACCGCUGUAGAUGGGGGCCAGCCGGAGAAAUCUGGCUCUACACUCUUGCUUAUUAAAAUUCUGGAUGUGAAUGACAAUGCGCCCGUCUUUGAUGAGCCAGUAAAGAAAGUAAAACUUUUAGAAAAUGUUGCAUUGGGCACUUUAGUAACUAAACUGAAUGCUUCUGACGCAGAUUCGGGCCAUAAUGGAGAGAUAUCCUUUCAUUUUAGUAAAUACACACAGGACCGUGUUCUUAAACUUUUCAGUGUGGAUUCUAAAAGUGGGGAAAUCCGUGUGAAAGGAGAUGUGGAUUAUGAGAAAGCCACUGCUUAUCACAUCACAGUACAGGCCAGAGAUGGCGGGUCUCCCGCUAUGGAAGGUUCCUGUAACGUCAUAGUGGACAUCAUGGAUGUAAACGACAACCCACCAGAGGUGACACUGACUAAACUGACCAGUCCCAUUGGAGAGGAUUCAGCCCCAGAGACUGUGAUAGCCCUCAUCAGUGCUCGGGACCUGGACUCUGGCAGGAAUGGAGAGGUUACAUUAAGUGUCCAGUCAGGUUUGCCAUUUAAGCUGAAUUCUGCCUUCGGUAUGCAUUACAGCCUCACUACUGCCAGAGUCCUGGACCGUGAGACCACCCCAGAGUACACAGUGGUCAUUAAGGCCACUGAUGCUGGUUCCCCUCCCCUGUCAUCACAAAUCACCUUUGUGGUUAAGCUUUCUGAUGUAAAUGACAACUCCCCUGUCUUCUCUCAGCCUUCAUACUCUGUGGACAUUCCAGAAAACAAUGCUCCCAGUGCCCCCAUCACUUCUGUUUCAGCCACUGACCCAGACCUAGGAGAAAAUGCUCACAUCUCUUAUUCCAUCCUUCCAAGCAUGGUUCAAGGCUCACCAAUCUCUUCUUAUGUCUACAUUAACCCUGAAAGUGGACACAUCUAUAGCAUGCGUUCUCUGGACCAUGAACAGCUGAAUGCUUUCCGUAUUGAGGUGCAGGCUCGGGAUGCUGGGGUGCCCCCACGGACAGCCAAUGUCACUGUGCAUGUGUUUGUGGUGGAUGUGAAUGAUAAUGCACCGAUGGUUGUACACCCCUCUUACCCAAAAGAAAAAGGCUUACAGCUCAGUGUGCCCCCAUCUGCUGGUCCAGGGUAUCUCAUAAAUAAACUUGUGGCUGUAGAUGCAGACAGUGGGCACAAUGCAUGGCUGUUUUACUCAAUUGCCCCUGGACCACACGUGGGCAUGUUUCGUAUUGGUGCCCACAGUGGUGAUCUGCGUACAGCCCAUAAGUGGGCUGAGGAGGAGGCAGGGUCAACUUAUGACAUUAUGAUCAUUAUCCAGGACAAUGGUGACCCUCCAAAGUCCUGUACUGUAAAUGUCACAGUAACUGUGGAUGAGAAGGCCCCACCCAACAAUGUUCCAGUUAACACCCGACACAAACCCUCUCUUCCCCGUACUGGAAUGCCAGAUAUCACUUUGUACCUCAUCAUCUCUCUAGCCUGUGUGUCAGGUGUGUCCUUUAUCACCUUUGUUGUCCUAAUGGUACGUUGUCUAAGGCAUCGUGGACCAGGGAUGGGCGGCUCUGACUGCUGCUGCUAUGGUCAACACAGAUCCAGCCGAUACCAUCAGAGACCCAGCAAGGACCUACACUUGCAACUAAAUACUGAUGGACCCAUCCGCUAUAUGGAGGUGGUUGGAGGCCCUCAAGAGCCUCACACACGCACCUACAGACCAUGUUAUUCCACCCUAUCCAGCAGAAGUGACUUUGUAUUUAUGAAGACGCCCAUGCUGAGUCAUAACAACACUCUCAACAUGACACUCAGCAGGAAGCACCUUAUGAACUCAGCCAGUGAGCAAAAGCCCCCCAACAAUGACUGGCGCUUCACACAGGGACAGAGACCCGGACCCAGUGGUCCCCACAUGCCAUACGGUACACACAUACGAUGGACGCCGAAGAGUGGGACAAGGGCAACCGGAGGACCUGAGGUUGCCAUGGGAACUGGCCCCUGGCCCCAGCCCCCUACUGAAGCUGAGCAGCUCCAGGCCCUGAUGGCUGCAGCGAACGAAGUGAGUGAGGCUACGGCCACUCUGGGACCCGGAACCAUGGGCCUGAGCACCCGCUACAGUCCCCAGUUCACCCUGCAGCAUGUGCCUGACUAUCGCCAGAACGUCUACAUCCCGGGCAGCACUGCCACCCUCACUUCCAACCCCCAGCAGCAGCAGGCCACAGCCCAGCAGGCCACCCAGCAGGCUCUACCCCCACCCCAAGCCACAGGCCAACCUGAGCCCCCAAAGGCUGCCCAGACCCCGGCCUCCAAGAAGAAGUCCACCAAGAAGGAGAAGAAGUAAAGCAGGAUAGAGAUGUGUCGAUAAGAUUGGCCCGGCCUGAUCUGAUAAGAAAUCCAACCCCCCAUAUCCCCCCAUUUGGUAUCUUACUGCUCUGCUGUUAAUCAUGCUGUCUAAAUACUGACAAGAAAUCACUUUUGACCACAUGGAGGAUGCUGAUGGUUCUUUGAAAGUUUGUCUUGAGGGCCUUGCGGAAUCAGAAUGUGCUGAAGGCUGGUGUUUCUAAGUCAUGCUGUGCUCAUAUAAUCUGUGUCGGUAGAUAUUUCUGGAUGGGUAUGGGGGGUUAUUGUGAUCUUCGUUUUUCGUUUUGGUCAAAUCCAGUGAACUUGGACAAAGAGAUUCAGUAUACGGAACCUUGCUGGGAUGACAAGGCUAUAUACACGGUGAUGUAUUCAGAGAUGAAAUGUUAAUGUUUUUCAUGUUGGAGUUAUCCUGCUCUUUCCAUGAUGUGGAAAGUUUGCUAUUGUAAAGUACACUAGUUGCCAUCCAUUAGAUUCUUAUAUAGGGUCAGCCUUACAGGAUCUUUAAGCAGCUCCUGCAGAUAUAAGGCUGUUGUUUGACAGGUAUUAAAAACUCUUCUGCAUGCUCUAUAAGGUUCAAACCACAUAUACUAGUUUAGUGUUGCAAACUAUGCAUUGCAAAAGCAAAGAGGGGGACAUCCUGAGUCUAUUCUCCUCCCACCAAUCGCAGGUCAAUAUAAUGCACAUGUAGCAUUUACUUGACACAAAAUGAAAAAUUACUUUUGUAAUCAUAGUUUAAAGGAUAAGAUUUUAAUCUCUUGAUAUUUUUAUGACCUGAGCAUGCACCUAGAGGAAAGGUUGGCAGAGGGUGUGGCAGCAUGGUGUUGUGUCAUGCUGUCCAUGCAGGUGGCACAGCAGCAGGGUCUGGCCUCUUUUCUGUUUUUUUAACAUCUCCAGAUGGGCACUGACAUUGUUCUGUUGCCUUGCAUCCUCUACCCUCCCCUCUCCACACCCAGCUCGUGUUCUCCCCUCACUCACUACCCCACGUUGAGAGCCAAACAAUGAAAAAUGCACUGUUCGUAUUCUGAAGAUGAGAUGAUGUAGGGGUAGUAAUCACUUCAUUCUUUAGGGAAACGCAUAGAUGUGGUAAACUUAAGUGCUUAGGAGUUUCUAGACACUUUGUAGGCUUCUAGGGCCACAAUGGAGUAUUCCCCUCACUACCCUGAAGUGCUGAAGAAAUGUCUUGAUGUGACACAUGUUUUGUUUUUUCUUUGGGAGACUCAAUAGCAUAGAGGAAAAUAUGAAGUCUUUACUUUGCCGUCCAUCUGUCUGUCAGGCCCCUGCCUCAAUUCAACUGCAUGAAAAAAGGCAGGUUGAAGGCUAGGUUAUAGAGGGAGUGGAGAGGGUGUAGUGAGUGGAACAUUGGUGGAGUUGACACCAGAAGAGUGGGAAAUGACCUUGGCUCCAACCACUGAAUGUACAGAGGAUCCACUGUUGACCCACUCACCUCCAAAACUUUGUCCAAUGCACUGACCCAGGUAAAGGUCAACAGAGCCAAGCACAGCUGUACCUGCAUAAGAUACCACUUGUGAAAGAUGAAGGUGUCAGAAGUUCAAUAUCUGUCCUCCAUUCAAAUCCAUGGAAAACCUCAUCCUGUGUCCCACUCACAUCUCCCCCUCCACACCCUGGUCUGCGAGGCUCUCCCCCACUGUAAAUAAACAACGUCCUGUUGAUGGUAUGAGCCAGUUGUUUGUAAAGUAGGGACCACGUCUAACAUUUUCAAAAUAAAAGUCCCUCUCCACAAGACGUGGCUUACUACUGGAAUGUGUUGCAUUUUGUUUUUCAAGAAAAAUGAGAAAACCACACACACAAAAAAAAAAAAUCUGUAAUGAAUUAAAAUCUGAGAUGUUCUUCAACAGUUUGUGUUGCAAUGUAGUAACUAAGCACCAUGAAAGCCAACUAACUCUUCAGUGUAAAUAAAUGAAUUAAA